GUUUAUCACCAUCUACUUUGCUCACUAGACAAGUACGAACUCGGAAUACCCUCUCUCCUGCGCGUUAUAUCUACAUUACCGAAAUGACAAACGAAACCGGUGUCCACGUUAUCAGUCCUUUCAAGAGUUUUGUGGCCGGUGGAUUUGGUGGCAUUUGCUGCGUAGCUACAGGACAUCCAUUGGACACUAUCAAGGUUCGUUUGCAAACAAUGCCCCAUCCAUCUUCAGGAGGUGCUCCUUUGUACACUGGUACUCUUGACUGCGCUCAAAAGACCAUCAAAACAGAGGGUUUUUUUGGUUUAUAUAAGGGCAUGGGCGCUCCUAUCGUCGGCGUUUCUCCCAUUUUUGCACUGUGUUUUUUUGGUUACAAUUGGGGAAAGAAAUUGAUUGCUGCUGAUCCAACGCAUCUCAAGAAGCAUGAAAUUCUACUCGCGGGCAUGUUUUCUGGAGUUUUUACAACUACGAUCAUGGCCCCUGGGGAACGCAUCAAGUGCCUACUGCAGGUUCAAAGCGGAUCACUGACUGCGCAGAAGUACAAGGGACCAGUUGAUGUCAUUCGUCAGUUGUACCGAGAAGGCGGCAUACGGAGUUUGUUCAGGGGUACUGCCGCCACUCUCCUCAGAGAUGUCCCUGCCACAGGUGCUUACUUUUUGAGUUACGAGUGGAUCAAGGGUGCGCUGCGCGAUCCCGGCAGUUCGUCUGAUAAUCUGAGUGUUGGAAAAACCCUGUUUGCUGGUGGUAUGGCUGGUGUCUUCAACUGGCUUGUUGCUAUUCCACCUGAUGUCUUGAAGUCUCGCUACCAAAGUGCCCCUGAGGGAAGAUAUCCCAAUGGAAUCCGUUCUGUCUUCUCAGAGUUGAUGGCCAAGGAGGGUGUGUUGGCUCUGUAUCGUGGAGUAACACCAGUACUUCUACGUGCAUUCCCAGCUAAUGCGGCCUGCUUCCUGGGUUAUGAAGUGGCCCUGAAGUUUUUGAACUACGUGCUUCCCCAAUGGUGAUUUGAGCUACUGACUCCGCUUUCAUGCUUAUUGGUUGUGAACUGACCACUGAUUACUUUGCAUCUCCAUCGGUGCCUCUAUCAUGUACUAUACUUUUAGUUCGACAUGUACAUAGUAUUCAGCUUCAUUCGCCAAUAUAUGAUUGCACAGAUGA